UCCCGCGGUGUGUGACGUGGCUCAUUGUACCGCGGACAUGGUAGCCUUCGUGGCGGUGUCUGUGCUUCUUGGGGGGCUUGUCCUGCUCUUAGUAUUCCUCUUCAAGAAAGCACAGGGUAACAGCACACCGGAACCGAGCACCGAUCAGAAAGUAAAUGGACAAGCUUUACCUGAGAAACAGCCUACCAAAAAGCAUAAGCUGCAUAAGCUGCGCAAUGAGAAACCUCAGCAGCACACCUUCACUCACCCGCUCCUUGCAGCUGUACUCAAGGCACACAGCGGCAACAUAACCUGUUUGGAUUUUAGCAGCAAUGGUAAAUACCUGGCUUCCUGUUCAGACGAUAGAACUGUGAGAAUAUGGAGCACCAAGGACUUCUUGGAUCGUGAACACCGCAGCAUGCGUGCUAAUGUGGAGUUUGACCAUGCCACACAUGUCCGGUUUAGUCAUGACUGCCGGGCCUUGAUCGUUUGUUUGGCAAAUGGAGAAUCCAUCAGGGUAUAUAAGAUGACCAAGAAAGAUGAUGGAUUUACCUUCUCAGCUGCCCCUGAGGACUUCCCCAAAAGACACAAGGCGCCCAUCAUUAAUAUUGGCGUAGCUGAGACAGGAAAGUUUAUGAUGACUGCCUCAAGUGACACCACCAUAAUGGUUUUGGAUCGGAAAGGUGCCGUGUUGGCAACAAUCAAUACAAACCAGAUGAAUAAUGCAUAUGCUGCAGUAUCACCCUGUGGCAGGUUUGUGGCAAGCUGUGGAUUUACUCCCGAUGUGAAAGUGUGGGAGGUCUGUUUUGGGAAGUCUGGAGAAUUCCGUGAAGUAUGCCGAGCUUUUGAUUUAAAGGGACAUUCUGCUGGUGUGUGUGGAUUUGCUUUCUCCAAUGACUCUCGAAGGAUGGCGACAGUAUCUAAAGAUGGAACGUGGAAACUGUGGAAUACUGAUGUAGAAUACAAGAAACAGCAAGACCCGUAUCUCUUGCACACAGGAAGCUGGUCCGGAAAUGAACCAUGCCGCAUUGCAUUAUCUCCAGAUGGCCGUGUCAUUGCCAUUUCAAGUAUCUCUGAUAUUACAGUGUACAAUGCACUAACAGGUGAUGUGGAGGAAGAAUUCCAUUCCGUGCACGGAGAAGUCAUCACAGAUCUAGCUUUUGAUACAUGCAACAGGUUCUUGGUUUCUACUGGAGACCGUGCUAUACGUUUGUUCCAUAACACAGCUGGAUACAGAGCUGCUAUUGCUGACAUGAAGGAAACGCUCAAGAAAGCUACGAAUAAAGGCACAAAGGAAAGACUGCAACAGCAGAUCAAUGAAGCUCAGAAAGCAUUGAAUGCUGUAAUGAAAAAGAAAAAUUGAUGUACUUUUCAUCUCAAGCAAUUUUUGUUUUUUAUACAUAAUAGAUUUAUUCGCGGUUUCAAAUCUUCCUGUGGAAUUUCCAGCCAUGUGCCUUAUUGGUGUUUCCAUCACCACCUAUUUAUUGCAGUUAACCUAGUAUGUUUUAUCAGAGAAAGAGCUUCCAGUCUGCUGCCACACGUUGCUGGCUGACUGUGCUACCUCAGAAUUAUGAGUGACCAGUUAGACAGGAUAGGGGUGACCCUCACACAUCUGUAGGAUUCACCAAAACACAUUCAGGAAACAAAAACAUGUCAGGUGAUUUAUUAAUAAGAGACACAAAUGGUUUCUAAAAUUCAUUUUUUUAAUUGACUCUAAUAAACGUGAGAUUAUCAUUGUGUUGUAAACAACUAUAAAGGAAAUGUACUUCCAAACAACUGAAAUCUAUCCGAUUAAAAGGUUUUUCCCUGCCUA